AUGCCGUCUUCUGCCCCCGUCAUACGACCAAAGAAGACUCAACCUGUCAAUGCGCACAAGGAAGACGAGCCAAUCAGCUAUGACAUCAACAUCCCUUAUGUCGAUGUCAACAAGGAGACCCAUGCGCGCACCAGAUACCCCGAAUACCUCCCGACAUGGGACAAGAUCUGGUUCGACCCAUUGACGCCGUUCACUUACGAGGAUCCCGCCCUCCGCGUCAAAGACAAGUCCAAGCGCAACUUGUUGGGCCCCGAUACCAAAGUGACCGAGAUUCAGCCGCGCAUGGGCACCGUUGUUGAAGGUGUACAAUUGAACAAGCUCACAGACGCUGCCAAGGACGAACUGGCCCUGUUGAUUGCGGAGCGCAAAGUCGUCGCCUUCCCCGAGCAAGACCUCAUCGACGCCGGUCCGGAGGCCCAGGAGGCCUUUAUGCGCCACUUCGGCAAGCCCAACUAUCAGCCCGUCUCCGGCAGCGUGCGCGGCCACCCUGGCUUCCAUAUCAUCCAUCGCGAUGGUAACCGUGAAGAGAUCUCGCGUUUCCUGGAACAGCGCACCACCACGACUCUUUGGCACCAGGAUGUUAGCUACGAAAUCCAGCCUCCCGGCUAUGUCAUGCUGGGUCUUCUGGAGGGCCCCGAAGUUGGAGGUGACACUGUCUUCGCUGCGACUGAUAUGGCAUACAAGCGUCUCUCUCCCACGUUCACCUCGUGGCUCGACACUCUGCGCGUCACCCACUCCUCUGCCAAGAUGAUCAAUCACGCUCGUUCAACGGGAGGUCUGGUCCGCAAAGACCCCGUUGACACCACCCACCCUCUUGUCCGCGUCCACCCCGUCACCGGCGAGAAGUGCCUUUUCAUCAACGGUGAAUUCAUCACCCGCAUUCAGGGUCUCAAAGAGCCCGAGCAACGCUGGCUCGUCGACUUCCUCAUGCAGCACAUCAUCGGUGGCCAUGAUUUCCAGGCUCGCGUGAGAUGGCAACCCAGGACGAUCGUCAUGUUUGACAACCGUUGCACUCUGCACUCUGCCAUCGUCGAUUACCUAGACGACGACAAUGGCGCCAAACUCCGCCACAUUUUCCGCCUCACUGCCCUCGGCGAAAAGCCGAUCCCUGUUUACGACCAAUUCGAGUAG